AUGUCGAUCGACUUUCCGAAGGAGGAAGAGGCCAUCAUCGCCAGAUGGCGCGAGAUCAAGGCAUUUGAGCGGCAGGUCGAGCUCUCUCAAGGGAACCCCAACUAUACCUUUUACGAUGGGCCACCGUUCGCGACUGGUCUCCCCCACUAUGGCCAUCUUCUCGCCUCUACCAUCAAAGACAUCAUCCCGAGGUAUUGGUCCAUGAAGGGCUUCCACGUCGAGCGCCGGUUCGGUUGGGAUACCCACGGCCUCCCCAUUGAGCAUGAGAUCGACAAGAAGCUGGGCAUCUCGGGCAAAGCCGCUGUCAUGGAGAUGGGCCUGGAGAAGUACAAUGCCGAGUGCCGAGCCAUUGUGAUGAGGUACAGCGAGGAAUGGAGGCAUACGGUCGAAAGGCUAGGCCGCUGGAUUGACUUCGACAAUGACUACAAGACCAUGGACCCCACGUUUAUGGAGUCCGAGUGGUGGGUGUUUAAGCAGCUGUUCGACAAGGGGCAAGUGUACCAGGGGUACCGGGUGAUGCCAUAUUCGACUUCCCUCACGACUGCCCUCAGCAAUUUCGAGGCGAAUCAAAACUACCAAGACGUUACCGAUCCCGCCAUCGUUGUCUCGUUCCCUCUCGAUGACGACCCCGAGACCAGCCUUCUCGCCUGGACGACAACACCAUGGACGAUGCCCUCCCAUCUGGGCCUAGCAGCCCACCCAGAGUUCGAAUACAUCAAGAUCCACGACGAGAAGUCCGGGAAGAACUAUAUCCUAUUGGAGAAGCUCCUUGGGACUUUGUACAAGGAUCCCAAGAAGGCCAAGUUUAAGGUGGUCCAGAAGCUCAAGGGCAAGGAGAUGCUUGGGUGGAAGUAUCAGCCGCCGUUCAACUACUUCUACGAGGAGUACAAGGACGUUGCGUUCAGAGUCCUCAACGCGACAUAUGUUACCGAUGACAGCGGUACUGGUAUUGUCCACCAAGCCCCGGCAUUCGGUGAAGACGAUUACAACGUCGCUAUCCAGCACGGUAUUGUCACCGAGCAGCGCCCGCCUCCCGAUCCGGUAGAUGACACUGGCCGCUUUACCAGCAAGGUGUCCGACUUCGCCGGAAUGGGCGUCAAGGAGGCCGACAAACACAUCAUCAAGCACCUAAAGAACUCCGGGAGAUUGGUGGUGGAGUCGCAACUCAAGCACUCGUACCCCAUGUGCUACCGCUCCGACACCCCCCUGAUCUACAAGGCGGUGCCCUCCUGGUUCGUACGCAUCCCUGAAAUCAUCCCUCAGAUGCUGGAGAACAUUGAGGGGUCCCACUGGGUCCCCUCUUUUGUGAAAGAGAAGCGCUUCGCUAGUUGGAUUUCCAAUGCCCGCGACUGGAACGUAUCGCGGAACCGGUACUGGGGCACUCCCAUCCCCCUAUGGGUGAGCGACGACUUGGAGGAACGAGUAUGCAUUGGCAGUAUCGCCGAGCUCAAGGAGUUGAGUGGCUACGAGGGCGAGAUCACCGAUAUCCACCGCGACAAAAUCGACCACAUCACCAUCCCCAGCAAGAAAGGCAAGGGCACCCUGAGGAGAAUUGAGGAGGUCUUUGACUGCUGGUUCGAAUCCGGAAGCAUGCCUUAUGCUAGCAAACAUUAUCCUUUCGAGAACCGCGAGGAAUUCGAGAAGUCCUUCCCUGGCGACUUCAUCGCCGAAGGCCUCGACCAAACGAGAGGAUGGUUUUACACUCUUCUGGUUCUUGGCACACACUUGUUUGGUGUCUCUCCCUUCAAGAACUGUGUCGUCAACGGCAUUGUCCUCGCGGAAGACGGCAAGAAGAUGUCAAAGCGUCUGAAGAACUACCCCGACCCGAACAUCGUGAUGGCCAAAUACGGAUCUGAUGCUCUUCGUCUGUACCUCAUCAACUCGCCCGUGGUACGCGCCGAGCCUCUCCGGUUCAAGGAGACCGGUGUGAAGGAGGUCGUCGCGAAGGUGCUCCUCCCGCUCUGGAACAGUUACAAGUUCUUCGAGGGGCAGGUCACCCUGCUGAAGAAGGUGGAGAACAUUGACUACCUGUUCGACCCGAGCAUGGAGGCCUCGAACACCAACGUGAUGGACAAGUGGAUCCUGGCCAGCUGCCAGAGCUUGCUCAAGUUUGUGAACGAGGAGAUGGCAGCUUACCGUCUGUACACGGUCGUACCCAAGCUACUCGAACUGAUUGACAACACGACAAACUGGUACAUCCGUUUCAACCGAAAGCGUCUCAAGGGCGAGAACGGGCUCGAUGAUACCCUCCACGCCCUGAACACUCUGUUCGAGGUAUUGUUCACGCUGUGCCGCGGUCUCGCGCCAUUUACGCCUUUCCUGACGGAUACCAUUUACCUGCGGCUCCUACCCCACAUCCCCGAGAAGAAGGGGCAAGAUGUUCGCAGCAUCCACUUCCUGCCCUUCCCCGAAGUGCGACAGGAGCUUUUCAACGUCGACAUCGAGCGCCGGGUCCAACGGAUGCAGAAAGUCAUUGAGCUCGCGAGAUACUCCCGCGAGAGGCGUACCAUUGGCCUCAAGCAGCCUUUGAAGACGCUUAUUGUUAUCCACCAUGACCCCCAAUACCUGCAAGAUGUGGAGUCGCUUCAGGGAUACAUCACCGAGGAGCUCAACGUUCGCGACCUGGUGCUGACGUCGGACGAGGCCAAAUAUGGGGUCCAAUACAGUGUCACCGCUGAUUGGCCAGUGCUCGGCAAGAAGUUGAAGAAGGACAUGGCCCGCGUCAAGAAGGCCCUCCCAAAUGUCACUAGCGAUGAAGCUCAUGAGUACGCCACCAACGGCAAGAUUGUUGUUGACGGCAUCACGCUUUUGGAAGGUGACCUAGUCGUCAAACGUGGGCUUAAGGGGGGCGAGGCGUUCAAGAACCUUGAGACAAACACGGACAACGAUGUCCUCACCAUCCUCGACACGGAGAUCUACCCCGGCCUCGCCGAGGAGGGCCUUGCCCGCGAGAUUAUCAACCGGGUACAGCGCCUACGCAAGAAGGCCGGCCUGCAGCCGACAGACGAUGUCAAGAUGGAGUACAAGGUACUGACUGAUCCGGAGGAGACCGGUAUUGGGAUGGUGUUUGAGACGCACCAGCCAACCAUUGCCAAGGCACUGAGGAGGCCGCUGGAUAAGCACGACGUGACACAUGUAGAGGGCCAGAUCGCAGCGGAGAAGGAGGAGGGCAUCAUCGCUGAAGAGGAGCAAGAGGUGAGCAAGGCCACCUUCUUGUUGCGGCUGCUGAAGCUGUAG